UAACUGGAGACGCUGUAAUGUUGAGUUACACUAAGUAAUCAAGCCAAUUAAUUUUUAUGGAUAAUAUGGAUAUCAUGAUAUAUGGAUAUAAUGAUAAUAUAAUUUAAAAAAAUAUUGUAUUAUUAUCUUUAUUUUGCCAUUAAUAGUCAACAUUAAUAAUCUUGUGUAUAAGAGUCGCGUAGAGUGUCUUUAAUAUGACUACUUGGUAUGACGAACUAUCGGUAAGUGUUAAGAACAAUAAAGAGCCGUGCGAAAAUGGAAAAUAUUCCCAGCAAUAUGGACUCGUAUUAAAUGACAUGAAUUAUGUAAACGUAUUCAAGGAAAUGCCGAACAUUCUAACUUCCUCAAAAAAAAAAAAAAUCCUCAAAUAUCCUCAGGAAGAUGUUUUAAGAUGCCAAGGACUAGAAACACUUUGUGAAUACUUUACAGUAGAUUCGUUUCCAGUCGUUUACAAAACCGUAAACAAAAAGUCUAUGCGUGCUUUGGAUCAAACAGGAAGAUCAAGAGAUCAUUGCUCUCGAGGUACGGUUGACAGCUGCGGCGCAGACGUAGGGGUUCUAAAGCAUUAAUUACACAUCACUUUGUUUCAGCAGUUGAAGGACAACCCUCCGAUCUAACGGUUUCCGUUAAUGAGCGGGCAGGCGGUAUUGUUCUGGCAAACAUCUGAAUCAGAGGUGCGAGAUGGCGUCCCAGGGGGGACUCUCCUUCCCUCGGCAUUGCGCGCCACUAGCUCGCGCUUCCCUCCUGCAUGGAGAAAAAAGGGAGGGGGGGGGUGCAAUCUAUUUCUAAUGCAUUAGGUCCUGAGUUGUUGAAACUGCUUAAACUAAGCAUUUCAUGACCCCUGACAUCUAUCCUCGUCUAAAACGUAUUUGCGAAUAUAAUCUUGAUGUCUAUCACACCCAUGAAUUUUGUAUGUUUAAUGUUAUGCCGUACUGCAACGAGUCAUCCAAACACUAAUACUUUGGAUGAAGUGUACAUACACCCCCACCCUCCUUUCAAGAAAAAACUUCCUCCCCUCCCCGUUGCUGUGACAACCAGUUGACGCGCAGAACCGUGCUGUGUGAGUAAUCAGACGCUCGGAAUGAAACUUCGAUGGGCGCUGUUUAACCCGGGAAAGCCUCGACCCGACAACGUCACCUGAAAAGGAUCCUAUUACAGCCAGUAAGAUGUUAGAACGAUGAUGCCGGAGCGCAGGUGGGAACUUCAAUGAUUCUGCAGACGGAGAGGCAAGGAACAAACGGAGUGACAGUACUGUGUCACUGCCACUUUUUCGAAAUGGUCGCGUUUACCUGCGGGGAUGCUGCUACAGAGACGGGAACAUCUGUCACUUUUAAAAGGAAGAGAGAGGAUUGCGUCUCUCCGGGAAAAGACGACGUAACUCCGGAUGACAGACAUGUCACGAUUGUAAUGAACAGUAAAAUAAUUUGCGCCCCAGUGAAAAGGCCUCGUUGUCUUCGAUACCGUAAGCAGAAGAUCGAGUGCAGGUUAAGCGAUUCUGGUUUUGAGGAAGAAUUGCUAACUCCCUCUCCCAGUUUAUCUCCGGACUUCACACCCAGUAGCAAUCCGACAGCAGACGCACAAACUCCAUGCAGGCUACUGUCAGACUGGCAGACUUUCAGGGAUUAUGGAGAAUGCUGCUAUAACAUUCAAAAACUCAACGAGGAGAAGUUCCUCCCCGUAAACUGCUUGGCUCGACAACCUCAGGUCACGGCAGAGGCGCGCUGUAGACUGGUGAGCUGGCUCAUCCCAGUCCACAGACAUUUCAAACUGUCCUUCGAGUCCUGCUGUCUCGCCGUUAACAUCAUGGACCGCUUUCUGUCCACCACGCCGGUCGCGUCGGACUGUUUUCAACUGCUGGGGGUUACGUCGCUCCUGAUCGCCAGUAAACAGGUGGAGGUGUUCUCCCCCCGGAUCUCCCAGCUGCUGGCCCUGUGCUGCGAUGCCUUCACCAAGGACCAGCUGUGCAACCUGGAGCGCAUCGUCCUGACCCGGCUGAGCUUCCGCCUGGCCGCGCCCACCCUGGCCUUCUUCCUCCAUCACUUCGGCCAGCGCAGACUGGCGCGGGAGCGGGAGGGCCCCGGGGGGCGGAGCCACGAGGGGCGGGGCCCCGGGGGGCGGAGCCACAGCCACGCGGCCGGCUGCUGGAGCCUGGCGCGGAGGAUCUGCGAGCUCAGCCUGGCGGACUACGCCUUCAACCGCUACCGCCCGUCGGUGCUGGCGACGUGCGCGGCCAGGCUGGCAGAGCGACUGCUAGGCGUGGCCACCGUGGGCGAGGCCGACGCGGGCGAGGCCGGGGGGGACGAGGAAGAGGAGGAGGAGGAGGAUGAGGAAGAGGAGGAAAAAGGACGUUGCGCUCGCAAUCUCAGGCUGCUGGUCUCCCUGAACCAGGAGGCUCUGCGCACCAUGGCGGAAAUGUGAACUCUGCAUCGCCCCCCACAGGACAAACAUUUCUACAGCAGCUCGGAUCUGUAAGGCCGUGUGUAGGUGUGUGUGCACAGGGGCACUGUAUGGGGCUGGGGGGUGGGAGGGUUAGGAUGACUCCAAGGGCCCUGACUGACAGGGACCCACAAAAAUAUUAGAACAUGGGAUUUUCUGGGGUGGCCUGGAGUGACGGGGCCCAAUGUGACAUCUUUUCACGGGGCCAAAAACCCCCAUUGGCGCCUCUGUGUGCACAUGCAUGAAUGACAUGUGUAUGUGCAUGCAAGUAAGACUGCACCUCUCUGUUGUACUGUACCAAUAAUGCACUGUCCUCACAAGUAUUAAUGAUAGAAAGUUGUCUUAUUUAUUGUGUCACGUAGGUGAUUAUGUGAGAGAAUGGAUGUCUGUAGCAAUGCUUAUUUGUGUCUCACUAGACUGACUGGAAUCCCAGCUGCUUUGCAUUUCUCCCUGUUACACUCAAUGUAGACUGACUGUAGUGAGCAAUGACUGAUUGUAAUAAACUGUAAAUAUGUAUUCAAUGUGCGGACGGUGAUAAGUGAUACUGAAUGUAUACUCUGGUUCACUCUCUGUUUUGAGCAGAUAAAUGAAUUAAAUUAUUAAUUAUU